AUGACAACGUGCGUUCCGGCACACAUGAUGGACGCAGAGCAGCAUUUUCACAACAGCAUCGAUCUGGACGCCGAGCAGACGGAGGCCCGGUAUGAUCAGGAGAUGCUUUCCGACAUCAUUAACGAUAACGAUCGUGGUGAGCUGCAGAAGGCGGAAUCGUGCCUCGUCGACGACUACAAGUACGACCACGGCCAGAAGAUUCAACGACUCGAUCCGUGCGAGAUCUGCCUUUGCAUCGAUGGUGAGAUAUUCUGCUGGUGGAAGCAAUGCGAUACAGUAGCAAAAACGAGCCUGGACACUGACCAACAGUUCGGUUCCAGUCACACUGCUCUUAAAGCUGACCAGACAUCAUCAGAAUCGUUCGCAGAAGCAUCGACCGCGACCAGCAUGGGCAACUCAGCGGGCGUUUCAACCGCUAAAUCUAAGCCAUCCUUCGAUGCAUCUCCGGAAAUCAUCGACUCUAGCAACAGCGCAACAUGGCUAACAUUCGCCGACUCGCUCAGUGAUGGUGGCACAACGUCCAUUAGCAGUACGUUGCCGAUUUCGACUCCUUCAUCCCGGUCACAGGACUCAGACCGGGCUCCUUCGGACACGGUUACACACUACGGCACGGUACACACAUCGGACGCGAUAGAAGGCAUACCGAAGAACGUGCUAAGCUUCCCACAAACGCCUCCGAUUAUGAUGUAUCGUCCGGGAGCGGUGGGACCUGUCGCUUCUAGGGAAGGAAAACCACUUGAUGGAGCUCGCAAAGCGAAGCUCAGCACGUUAGCAGGAGCUCGAAAGACGAAAGGAAGCACUGCUGGACGUAAAAAAUCGAAGGAUCGCAAGAAGUCACCCCAAAAGCUGAACGCUCCGGGUGACGGUGGAUAUUCCUUUGAGCUCGAUCGAAAACCGACCGUAGCGAUCGCGAGUGAUGCACUGCCGAAGGUGCCGGCAACCAGCAAGGAUGUGGUUCGAGCUCCUGAAGAGUCACCAAGAAUAGCAAAUCAAGACGAUAAAAUUCCUCAAAGUCACGAGCAGCAAACAUCGACUCAAGAGCAGCAGCAGUUUGGAGGAUACGGCUUCGGUAUGAUUCGUGAACCUGAUCAGGAUCGUCGACCUCCAACAGCUUCUCGAAGUCACGAUCGGGAUGUUCCGCAACAUUACAUCAUCACAUCGUCCGGGCACGUGGAGAUGUUUGACGAUACUGGAACGAUGGGUGGCCUGGAAGUAGGAUCGGAAACUCAGAGUACUCCUCCACGCUCGCCAGGAGACAGCUACGAAAAGGCACAAUAUCGCGACGUCCUUAGCUUUGAUGGGCGAGUUUCGUCACGAGUGGUUCAGGAACAACCCCCGAACGGGUCCGCAGGUGAGGACUCUGACGCUAUGGACAGUGAUGAAGGUGAAGAAGAUAGUGAAGGAGAACAACGAUCAGAAGAAGGUGAAGCUGUUGCGCCUGCGAUCAUGCUGACGACGAACGUGACACAGGGCAAGUUCAGCCUCGGUGAAGGACUACCAUCUAUGCCGGUGCCCGGUGCAUCGGCGUCCGUUAUAGACAUCCUUAAUUCGACCACUCUCGAGACGGACUAUGGUGAAGGAACUAACCACACGGAGUUGAUCUACCCAGAGGUUCCUUCUAUCGGUAGUGGCAGCAGCAGCAGCAGCAGCAGCAGUACGAUCAAACCACCAACGAACACCGAACAGAGCGAGCAGCACUGCAUCGUUAUGGGAGUGACCUAUCCCGUCGGAGCGGUGCUGAAGCAAGAAACGGGCAACUGCCUGCAAUGUGUGUGUGUGGCGGGGCCGGAAAAUGACCCCGCCCCAAGGGUGACCUGCACGCCUCUCAACUGCCCACCCCUGAUCCUUCCGGACAUCCUAGACGGAGCCGGGUUCUAAGCGCACGAAAAAAAAAUCAUCGAACCAACGAAUGGGAAAUUCAUGAAACAAAAAUGUUCAUUCCAAGCAUCCCAUCCUGGCUGAGGGAAAACACCAUCAUAAGUCACGGUUACAAGGACAUGUGGAAAAACCAGCAAAACACCACCUCUUGGUUACGUAGCAAAAGAUAUUACAUGAAAUAAAAAGAACUCUAGAAGAAACGGCAUUGAUGAGGAAGAAAAAAUACAUCCAAGCACUUUCCAAACCUCAACUGGCAAGCGCAACUACUAGAAAUUGACAAACAGGGGAAAACUUAUUACAUAGUGGAUCAAACUAUUUAGCGUAGAUGGAGAAACGGUGGAUAUGAAUGAGGUACGGGGAAGAAUAAAACAUGAAAUGAAACAAUAAG